AUGCUAAAUACAGAGGGUAAUUUUCUGCAGGCAUUUAUUGACACUGGGAGCCAGGUAACCAUAAUUAAGAAAGAAACUGUUGCACACCUUUCACCACGUAAAUCUUUUAUCUCACAUAGAGGUCUAAAGGGAGUUGCAGGCAAAGAACUUCCUGUGAUUGAAGAGCUGGAUAUUGAAGUUCGUCUAAAAUCUGGUAAAAGUUUAAUUCACAGGGUUAUUGUUGUCGAUGCCUUAUCAUUUCCAGGUGAUCUUCUUGUUGGUGUGGAUUUGUUGCACAGAGUGCAUUAUAAAAUCAUACAUGAUGCUGAUACACAGGAAGCUUAUCUUCACCUUGAUAAUGUGGUAUAUCCCUUACAGUAUGAGAAAGGUGAAUCUUUGCGACUUGUGUCCUUUUUGCAGCCAACAAUAAAAUCUCCUGUUGCUCGUUUGGCUCCAUGUUGCAAGACGGUUUCUCCAGCCCACACUGGUAUGUAUGUCACUUGCAGCAUAUCACCUUGUUACAGUGGGAAGUCAGUCUUAAUAAGUAGCUGCACUACUGCACUUGACAUCCCUCGGACUCUAGUGGUUCCUCAAAAGGAUAGAUGUUCAGUCUUUGUGGUGAAUUUGACAGCUAAACCUGUAACACUCCGAAAUGGGUCUCAUUUUUGUGUAGCAGAGGAAGUAGAUCUUUUCAAUGCUGUAGAAACUAAAGAUAACCUAUUUACAGAAAAAGCAACAGCUGUUGAUUUGGACAUUCAUCAGGAGGUACCAGAUUUUGAGUGGGAAGAGGACGAGUUUGACCAGGAGCAUGGUCUUCAGUUGGCAGAUGAUUCUCCGGUAGAUGAUGAUCUGGUCUCUCUGUUACCUGAUAGUGAUACGGUAAGGAGAAUCGAUGCUGCUUUAGAAGCAAGUGCCAUCACAGAAUCUGCACUAAUUGAAGCAGAUACUGAGGAGGUUGUUGCUGUACCAUCUCUUGGUCACCUUAACUCAAAGAAACGGGAACAGUUAAAGGAAGUGCUUGCAAAGUUCCCUUCUCUCUUCUCAGGGGAUAAAACUCAAGUAGGUUUAGUUCCUGGUGUAACCCAUAAGAUCACGACAUGUGAUACACCACCAUUAUGCACUAGGCAGUGGCGGUUGCCAGAGUCAGCCAAAGAAAAGAUCCGGAAGGAGUGUGAUGAUAUGUUGAAAGCUGGUAUCAUUGAGCCAUCAACGUCUCCUUGGCUUUCGCCUGUUGUGCUAGUCAAAAAGAAAGAUGGUAGUUUACGCUUUUGUGUAGAUUACAGGAAUCUUAAUUCUGUAACAGUUGCUGAUACAUAUCCUCUCCCGAGGAUUGACGAACUUGUAGAUGAACUCAGGGAUACUCAGGUCUUUUCACUUCUUGACAGCCGCUCUGCAUAUUGGUCAGUGGCCGUAGAACCUGCUGAUAAACCCAAAACUGCUUUUAGUGAUGGUUACCGGCUAUUUCAAUUUCGCAGGAUGCCGUUUGGGCUUUCUACAGCACCAACGAUAUUCCAGCGCACCAUGAAUAUAGUACUUUCCCCAGUUUUAGGUAGGCACACUCUUGCUUAUCUGGAUGAUGUUGUAGUUUAUAGUCCUGACUUCAAGUCUCAUCUUGUACAACUUGAGGAAACACUAAGAAUUCUUCAUAAUGCUGGCUUUAAGCUCAAUAUGGCAAAAUGCGAGUUUGCAGUGCAGGAAUUUCGAUUCCUCGGGUUUAAAGUAACCCCUGAAGUAUUUUGCCAGACCCUGAGAAUGUGCGUAGUAUUGUAG